AUGAACUCAGGAAGAAAUGUAAAUGCGUACAGCACAGAUGGGAGAAUACACCAACUUGAAUAUGCAAUGAAGGCUGCCUCUUUGGGAACAACUACCAUAGGAGUAAAAAUAGAGACUGGUGUGGUUGUUGUCUCAGAGAAGAAGAUAGUGACUAAUCUGCAGAUACCAGACAGUGUAAAGAAGCACCAUUUAGUAUACGAGCACUGUGGAUUUGCAUUUUCUGGGCUGAGUGGAGAUGCCCGAACAAUUAUUACUAAAGCAAGAGACAAUGCAAUUAAUCACAAGUUCAUAUACAAUGAAAAAAUACCAGUUGAAGGGGUCGCACAAUACCUUGCAUCGAUUGCACUGAACUUUUCAUCAGAUAAGUCUGAUAAUAAAAUAUUCAGUCGGCCAUUUGGUAUUUCCAUUCUUGUCCCAGGGUAUGACAGUGAACCACGACUAUUCUCAUUAGAUGCAUCUGGUACGUACAGAGGGUAUAAGGCCAAAGCCAUUGGAUCUGCAGCUGAGGCAGUCACUGCAGAACUAGAGAAUACUUAUAAUAAAGAUAAAAGCAUAGAAGAAACAAUACAUAGCACUCUGAUGCUUCUUAAGUCUGUAAUGAAAGACCCCAUUAGCAAGUCUAACUGUGAAGUGAUGGUGUGCAAGAAAGAAGGCGUUCAUUUACUUACUACAGAAGAGAUUGAAUCAUAUUUGAAUAAAUAAUCCGAAAUAACCCGAAA